AUGGGUGUCGCUGUUGUGACGAUUAUCAUCGGACGAUAUAUCGUGGAGAACUGGAAGAAGUUUGUCGCUCACAAUACUUGCGAUCAAAUGGUGUUCUCCACGGUAGCCUUCUCGGAAUGGCUUUUUGUGAUGAUGAUGCUAGUCAGCUAUGCGCUGGAUCUAAUCGACGGACGAUCACUCUACAUCACUAUAGAUGUCGCCGAAGAAACAACAUUUCACUCCCCUGCAGUGAAAGAAAUAUUCGUAGUUAAAAUAAUGUAA